UAUCAAGUCAACCACAGCGGCUUGACUUGCCAAUAUGUGAAUUUUAAAAUUCAAACAAGAUGUCGGAAAUAGAGCAACCAGCAAUGGUGGAAAAUUCAUGCACAGAAAGGGGAGACAAUGUCUCUACCAAAAUUAACGGGAUGCCAACUAACCCACUGUCAGAUGCUCAGAUGCCUGGCCAUGUUCAUAAGCCACUUCAGCAUCAGUCCUCCACAGGUUCCAUGGGAUCUCCAGAACCGCUCGGCUCAGAGGACCUGCCUGAUCAGCUGUUACAACAGGGCUGGAGGAAGUUCUGGAGUAAGAGGGAGAACAUGCCAUACUACUUCAACAAGCUCACGAACCAGUCCCUGUGGGAGAUGCCUCCACUGGCACCUGUAGACACAUUGACCGACCCUCUGGGGAUCUCGUCGGACCACCCCCCUCACCCCCACUUGGGUGACAAGCGUCUGUCGCGGCCAAGCAUUGACAUCCCAGACCAGCAGCAGAAGAGGCGGCUGAGUGGGGAUGUCAUGUCCCCCACAGCCAAGAGACCUGCCUUCACGUAUAGUCCAUUCUGGAAUUUUGAGGUACCUACCAAUGUGGUGAUCUAUGAGCGCCCUCCCUGCACUCUCCCCCCACCCCUGCCCGAGAUGGAGCAGCUUCGGGCGCAACUGAUGCUGAAACUGCGGCAACAGUACCAGGAGCUCUGCCAUUCAAGAGAAGGCAUCGACGCGCCAACAGAAUCUUUCAACCGAUGGCUGCUGGAACGGAAGGUGGUGGACAUGGGUACAGACCCGAUGUUGGCCACGGCUUGCACCUCUGAGGUGUCCCAGUCCAUGUACAGAGAGGUCAUGAAUGACAUACCGGUGAAACUCGUUAAACCGAAAUACUCUGGAGAUGCCCGCAAACAGUUGUUGCGGUAUGCAGAGGCAGCAAAAAAGAUGAUUGAUUCAAGGGGUGGUACACCAGAGGGACGAAAGGUUGUAAAAUGGAAUGUUGAGGAAACCGUAGUGUGGUUACGGAAACCAAAUGCCAUAUACGAGGAUUAUUUGGAGAGACUGGCCCAUUUGAAGAGGCAGUGCCAGCCCCAUGUGACCGAGGCAGCCAAGACAUCUGUGGAGGGCAUCUGUACCAAGAUGUACAAUCUGGCCUGCGACACUGCCAAGAAGCUGAAGGAGAAACAUUGGGAGAUAUUAAAUGAGUGCAAUAUUAGAGAAAUCCCAGACCCACCCCAACCACCCCAUCGGAGGAAGAUUUUCUGUCAACCCGUCCACAUGUUGGUGCCAUGCCCACGAUUACAGCAUCCUGUGGAAUUAACCCAGGAAAAUGAGCAGCACAUCAUGAAAUACCGGGGAGAGGCAAUGAAAAUCAACAGUUCGCAUUUCUACAAACUCGAGCAGUUGUACAAGAUCUCGUGUCGUGACGACUCGCGGUUUGACAACUACCUCCACAGGGUGUGGUCUCUGUUGCGGCGAUAUCAUACAUUAUUUGGUAACCAGCCGAACGAAGGUCUCAGCUUGCAGGGUGCGUUGCCUUUGUCAGUGUUUGAGUGUCUGCAUCGUGUGUUUGGUGUUACAUUUGAGUGCUUUGCCUCACCUCUCAACUGCUAUUUCCGUCAGUACUGUUCUGCGUUCAAUGAUACAGACGGCUACUUCGGUUCACGAGGGCCAAUUCUUUCCUUCCAUCCGGUCUGUGGAUCGUUUGAAGCCAACCCUCCAUUCUGUGAGGAGUUGAUGGAGGCAAUGGUCGACCAUUUUGAGGGUCUCCUCACAGAGUCCAGCGAGCCCCUGUCGUUUAUCGUGUUCAUCCCCGAGUGGAGGGAUCCCCCCACUGAGGCGCUGAUGCGUCUCGAGUCCAGUCCGUUCAAGCGGAAACAGAUCAUUCUGCCGCCCUUUGAACACGAGUACAGGCAUGGGUUUCAACACGUCUGUCCAAAGGACUCAAUGCACCACAAGGCUGCUCACGGAACUCUCGUAGUGUUUCUGCAGAACGAUGCAGGCUUUGACAAGUGGGGGCCCACAACAGAACGCGUCAAAGAGCUCCUCAUUGCUGCAAAACCGAAACAAUCUCUGUGAAAGUGAUGUGAAAGUGACGUGAAGGUUUACUCUGUGAAAGUGAUGUGAAGGUUUUACUCUGUGGAAAGAGGUUUGAAGACAAGGGUUUUGGAAAUCCAUCAUUUAAAAGUUUGUGGUACAAUUAUUGAUAGUGAACAUGUGCAAUCUGCACAGUUAAUAUGUACACUUUUAUUUUCAUUGAUUUACAAAUACUUACAAAUAUAAUGCAUCGGAAGAGAAAAAAAAUUAACUUGGUCACUUAACCACAAAAUAUUUUUUUAUGGAAAUACUUUGGAGCACUUUGGUAGCAAUUCCAGUUUCCAAGAUAAUCGUUUCAAUGAAAUGACUACCGGUAUUUAUGCACCUUUAGUUUGGUAAACUUUUGGAGGAUCAGGCGUCUGUUUGUUCAUCUUUCUGUCUGUCACAGUUACUGGUAAAGUUGAUUGUAACAUUUUGACUAGUAUCAAUACUGCUGCUGCAAGUGAGUUGCGCUUUGGGAAAAUGGAGCUUAAUGCAUGUGUGUAAAGGGUCAGUGCAAGGCUUAUCAGGGACGAUUCUUUAUGUGUUAAGUUGAUUUUCGCUAAGAAGGGACUUCCUUGAAACGAAAAAUACCAUAAGUUAUUAACUUCGAAAAGUGACAUUCCUGAUAAGCCUUAUGAACUUAACGCAGCACUUUAUGCACAUGAAUAAGCUCUAGUUUCCAAUUGCGCAGCUCAAUUCUUUGUCACUUAUAUGUUAAUGAUGGCCACUCCCUGUCCACUAAUUUUCACAAGCUUUUUCUUAGAAAUGGGUUAUCCAGUAUCAAAAAGGGGUGUAUGUUAUUGUCAAACACAGACCCUUAUUUAGUUUAAUACAUGUAUUGUUUUGACUUUCCCUUUAAAUUUCACAGCAUUUGUUAUCAUGAACAUUAAAAUGCCCAUCAACAUGAUAUAAGUUUAAAAGGGUGAAUUGCAUUGAUCUCAAAUUUUUAAAAUAUAUUUGCCACCAUUUCAUUAACCAUUUCUAGAUUUACUUCGUGAGAAUUUUUUUGACUGUUUCUGAAAAUGGCUCAUUGUAUAAUCAUUUGAUGUAAUAUUAAAGGGAAUUGUUUAGGGUCGUUCCUGUUUUUUUAUGUCCCUGGUAGGGUGGCAUAUAGCAUUUGAACUGUCCGUCAGUCCGUCCGAAAACUUUAACAUUGGGCAUAACUUUUGCAAUAUUGAAGAUAGCAACAUGAUAUUUGGCAUGCAUGUGUAUCUCAUGGAGCUGCGUAUUUUGAGUAGUGAAAGGUAAAGGUCAUCCUUCAAGGUCAAAGGUAAAAAAAACUAAUCCAAGGGAAGUAACAAGCUUUAAAAUGAGAUAAUUUCUAUUUAUCAUUUGGCAGGAACAGAUCAUUUUUACAAGGGAAGUAAUAUUUUUUAAGGUAUAUAAUAAGGAAAAAAAUUCAAAUAAAUCAAAGCGGUGCAGUAGGGGGCAUUGUUUUUCUGACAAACACAUCUCUUGUUACAGUUUAUGAAAAUGGAUCCUUGUUUAAUCAUUUUAUGUAAUAUUAAAGGGACUUGUUCAGGGUCGUUUGUAUUUAAAAUAAUGUCAUUAAAUGAAUUUGCUAACAAAAUUGUAACAUGAGAUCAAGAAAAUGUUACAAGCCUGCCUAUAUGAGACAGAGAAUUUGAACUGUUUUUAAUCAUUAUUGUAAAGGGAAAUGAAAUUAAAAGAACCCUGUAUGUUAUGUUGUGUUUCAGAUUUUUGUGCAAUUUUUCGUCUGCAUUUAUCAUUGAUAAUAAUUAUUUGCAGUGUUUAGUGAGUGUUAAUUCAUGUUGUUUAUUUUGUGGGACUUAUCAUUUAAUGUAGUUAACUUUUCGAUAAAAUGUUUGCAUGUUGAAAUAUGGCUUCACAUGUUAACGUCCACUGAAACGUGUGUCCAGAACUGUAACAUUUUUCAUGUAGUUUGUCCGAUUUCCUAUUUUUACAAAUUAUUUUAUGGUGUUCUCUGACUUUUUAUCGUGGAAUAUUUUUACAAAAAGCGUUAUUUUGCUUUGUAGAAAGCUAAUAUUGACUUGUUGAUGUUUUUGUUAUGUUUUUCUGUUACGGAUUUAGUUUAUUAUAGAUAAAGUGUUAGUGUAAGAAAAAAUUAAAAUAAAAAGACCAAUAUAUUUGAACAAAACAGAUUAUGGUUUAAGUCAUUUUAAUGAAUCAUUGUUCGUUAAUUUGUAGUAUCAGAAUUUUCCUUAAUUUGCCAUAUACCACCACCAUUACUGCUAUACUUACAUGUUUAUCAACGAUUUAUUCAAUAAAUAACUUGUCAUUGAUUUUUUGUUUGGUGAUAUGAUUUUUAAAUUUAAGAUUUUAACAUUUUGUUAAAGUAUAUUUAAUUUUGUUACAUUGUUUAACAAGAUUGUGUGUGUGGUAGCAAUGAGGCUACAAAUAUUCAUAUCAUAUCAUGAUUAGCUCCCCUGAGCGUUAUGUGCUCAUGAUGAGCUUUUGUGAUCACCUUUUGUCUGAUGUUUGUCAUCCAUCGUGAAUUGUCUUCAUUUAACUUUAUAAAUGAUAUCCAUCCAUAGAAAAAAACAUUGCCAUCAGGGGUGGGGAAGUUUUUCUUGUAUGGCUAUCCUGAAACCUUGCAAUCACUUGAAUCACUUUCUAUGUCUAAUAUUCCUACAACUCAUGAUCAAGAACAUUUGUUCUAAUGAUAUCACAACUAUGUUCAAAAAUGGUUCAAGUCUGUUUAUAAACAUAUCCACCUAGGGGCAGGUUAGUUUUCCUUAUAUGGCUUUAGUGAAACCUUUUGAACUCUAUAUGUUCAUUUUUUGUCGAAUCUUCAUGAAACUUGCUCAAAACAUUGUUCAAAUAAUGUCUUAGCGGAGUUUGAAAAUGGUUCUGGUCCGCUUAAAAACAUGGCUUCCAGGGGGCAGCAGUUUUCUUAGAUGGCAAUAGUUCAACCUUGUGGACACUUAAGAUAUUAAAUGUGUUUCCCCAAUCAACAUCAAACUUUUAUCGAAUUAUAUCUCAGCCAAGAUCAAAAAUGGUUCUGGGAAAAACAGCAAGGUCAAAAAUCACCUUUAUUACACACAAAAAUAAAAGCUGCUUCAACAGUUUCAUUCCUUAAGUUCUCAGGAGAGCAACCUUUGACAUUUAGCCCUCUUGUUAUAAUUAUUUUAUAUAUUUCAUUUUGGUAUGUUACAUUUUUAUCAUCAUCACUUUUUAAAAUCUUCAUUGUUAUCGUAUCGGCAUUGAUCAUUACAGAUCCUAUUUAGACAUUGUAAAUAUUCAUUAUCACUGUAGUUUGUUGUUAUUUUCAUUAGUUGUCAUUUAAUGUAUUCAUGUGUUUUUCAUCUAAGGACUUUUAUUUAUGUUAAUCAUCAUCAUCAUUGUUGUCAUAACUCAUUUGUCAUAAAUGAAAUCAUCGUAAGAAACAUUAUCAUCACCGUGAUCAUAAUGCUCAUCGUUGUAAUUAUUAUCUUCGGCACAAUCAUCAUCAUCAGUGCCAUUUUUAGCUCGGCUGUUUUCGAAGAAAACCCGAGGUAUUGUCAUAGCCAGCUCGUCGUCCGCCGUGCUAAAACCUUGACAUUUUCCUCUAACAUCAAAGUGCUUCCACCUACAACUUUGAAACUUCAUAUGUAGAUGCACCUUGAUGAGUUCUACACGCCACACCCAUUUUUGGGUCACUAGGUCAAAGUUCAAGGUCACUGUGACCUCUAAAAAAAGAAAACUGACAAGCUUUCGCAGCCGAGCGUGGCACCCGUUAUUCGGUGCUCUUGUUAAUUAUGUCAUUAAUUUAACUAUUUUUAUAUUGUAUAAUAGCUGAAUAAAAAUUCUUACUGUACAAAAAUAUAUAUAACAAAUAUUUAAAAAGAACAGGUUGGCAGCACUUUGUUUAUGUGUUAUGUAUGUCAUUGCUUUGAUCUUCAUCAUAAUCGUUGUUAUCCCAUCAUAAUAUUUUAGACAUAAUUAUGUUUAAAAUCUGUAUACCCCAUCAUUUUUUGUUGCAAUAUAUUGUCACAAAAAUGGCAAAUAAAAUAUAAUUAUGUUUAAAAUCUUUAUACCUAAAUUAUUUUUUGUUGAAAUAUGUUGUAACUUGUUCAUUUAUACUUCAGUAAGUACUUGGUAUUUACAAAAUUUAAUUCUUAAGGGACCCAUUUGGAGUUCUAAGGUUGGAAAUAAACUCAACAUUUCUUGAAAAGUAUUUAAAUUUUCACUUUGUGUGAUUUUUUCAAAUUGCUAUUUUUAUGUCUGUUUUGGUUGCAAAAUUUGAUUUAAAUUAUUUAGAUAUUUAUUGAAUUUUUUUCUACAAAUAACAAGGAUAUUACAUGUGUAAAAUGUAGCAAGUUUAUGUUGUUUUAAUUGAAAAAUAUCAUACUUUACUUCUCCGUAAAAAAAAUUAAAUUGUGUCUUCUACAAUCUUUACCUUGAAUAAAAAAGAUUUUAAUAAAAAGGCAUUUUACAAAAUUAUUUGUGGGACAAAAUUGUGCAAUUGUCCCUUCAAUGUUUUAAGUUGUAUCAUCCUCAUUGUCCCUUUAAUGUUUUAAGUCUUUUCAUCCCAUAUAACUUCAUUGUACAAAUCAUUGAACCUUAUUUAUUAUAGUAAAUGUUGUUUUAAAAACAUUCAGUUUUAGAGCUGCGACAGAUUUUUGUUUAUUUAAGUACCUUUUAUAUACAAGUAUACGUGUUCACUGUUGAUUACUAUGACCAUUGUGUGUAAAUAUGAAAUGUUAUGAAUGAAAGAGUCUAUUUACAAAUGUG